CGAAAUGAUCGGGUAGGAGAAAAUCUUGCUCAAUCGAAUUCCACAGAAGGAAAUGACUUAAAUGAUGAAGAACAGAUUAGACUUGCACAAAGACUUGGGAUAAUUCAGCAUCUUCCAAAGAAUACCUGGAAUGAAACACACUCUGCAAGCAUGAAAAUAAGAGAAUGUUGUAUCUGUAUGGUGGAUUUCGAACAAAACGAACCAAUCCGGUAUCUCCCUUGUAUGCAUUAUUACCAUCUAAGUUGUAUUGAUGAUUGGUUAAUGCGGUCCUUUACCUGCCCAACUUGCAUGGAACCCGUAGAUGCAGCCUUACUUUCAUCUUAUGACAACCAACCCUGACCGAAGUUGAUUAGUUUCACUCUUGCAUUAAACUUUUGUCGUCAUAUUUAAUAAUAAUCAUAUAUCGAUACAAUGUGCUAUAAAGCAGCUGUCCUUCUUUGAUAAACUAUUAAAUUGACAGUGUUACUGGCAAUCAGUUUCCAACAGUGGAACAGCACUCCAAUUACAUGACUUAAAUCCGAUUUUUUAAAUAAGUGUUCUCCU